AAGACAACAUUUCCAAUCGCGGCUUUGCUUGCUCUUGACUUUUGAUAAAACUAAUUAACAAAUUGCUCAUUAUUUUUCUCUCAGAAGUCUUAGCUUUAUAUAAGCAAAGCAAAUCUCUUAUCAUUUUGGUGUCCUUAAGCUAUACUUUUUUCAUGGCAGAAACGGAUGAUACAGUGUAUAUUGCUGUGGGAAAAGAUGUUAGAGAGCAAACUCUGUUGUGGGCAUUAGACAAUUUUCGUUACAAGAAAUUCUGUGUUCUUCAUAUUGAUCAACCUCCUAAAAACGUCGAACCGAGGGAGUCCUUGUCAAGCAGAAGAAGAAUAAUAAACAUGAUGCUGGAUGAAUACCUUCUCAUAUGUGUAUGUCGCCAGGCAAAGAUUGCUGCAAACAAGAUAUGCAUCAAGAGGGAUGACGUUGGAAAAGGUAUUAUAGAGCUUAUAUGCCAACAUAGUAUCAACAAGCUUGUUAUGGGAGCAGCAGCAGAUAAGCAUUAUUCAGAGGGAAUGAAGGAUGUCAGGUCCAAUAAGGCCAAAUAUAUCCAGCAACACAUGCCUUAUGCCUGUCGGGUCUGGUUUAUCUGCAAUGGACGCCUUAUCGUGAAAAGCAAGAGCAAGAUUGCUGAAUUAUUAUGGACUGAACCUCUUGGAGAUUUACCGUCUGCCUCAGAGCAGAGAACGGAGGUCAAUGAUCUUCUGAAUUCAAAGGAAGGAAGUAGUAUCGAUUUGCUCUAUAGUCAACUCGAACUUGCCCUGGUAGAGGUUGGAAAGCAUAAACGAGAAGCAUUAGAAGAAUCACUAAGACUCGAUGAAGCUGAGAAGACUUCUAUUAAGGCUCUUUUUUUACGGGCUAAAGCAUUAGAAAGCUUGUAUACUAAGGAAUUGAAACGUGGGAAAGAAUAUGAAGAAUCACUAGCAAAAGAAAAGAAAACGCUCGAAAGAACAAAGCACCAACUGAAAGAAGCACAAGCGAUAGCUACAGAUUUAGAUAAUAAGAUAAAAGGGUUGCUAAUAGAGAAAAACAAUCUCCAGAUAUUAGCUGAGAAGCUUGCAAAAAAGCAAGCAGAAGAUGCUUCAGAAUCACAAAUGUAUCAGUUUCUUUCUGUCUUCUCUUUGUCAGAAAUUAAGGAAGCAACCCGUAACUUCGAUUUAGCGUUUAAAAUUGGUGAAGGUGGAUACGGUAACAUUUACAGAGGAAACCUUCGCAAAACGGAAGUUGCCAUUAAAGUGCUGAAUAAAGACAGCUUGCAAGGACCCUCCGAAUUUACACAGGAGGUUCGUGUAUUGAGCAAAAUUAGGCAUCCAAACUUGGUGACACUUAUCGGAGCCUGCUCAGAAGUCUAUGCUCUAAUCUACGAGUAUGCACCAAAUGGAAAUUUAGAAGAUCGACUACAGUGCAAGAACAAGACUCCCCCACUGUCAUGGCAACAUCGAAUUCGCAUAGCUACCGAAUUAUGUUCUGCCCUUAUAUUUCUUCAUUCCAGCAAACCUUACAGCAUUGUACAUGGUGAUAUAAAACCUGGAAACAUCCUUCUUGGUUCUAACCUUUCCUGUAAACUUAGCGAUUUUGGAAUCUGUCGAGCACUUUCGGUAGACGUGACAUUGCGUCACCAAACUGACCCAAAAGGAACUUUUAUAUACAUGGAUCCUCAUUUCCUAACUACAGGGGAAUUAACUCCAAAAUCCGAUGUAUACUCAUUUGGAAUUAUAUUGCUACAAUUGUUGACAGGAAGGUCAGCCCUUGGUAUAAUAAGAGAAAUCAGGAAUGUAAUAGAUGAGGGAAAACUGAGAACUUCUUUGGAUCCCUUAGCAGGUGAUUGGCCAUUUGUGCAAGCUAAAAAACUAGCUCGGGUAGCUUUACAAUGCUGUGCGAUUGACCCGAUAAGCCGAGCAGAUCUUGUGUCAGAAGUGUGGAAGGUGCUUGACUCCUAUUACUAACCGUACUCGUCAUGCUGCAAUUUAGGAGUGGAAGGAACAGCUAUGAAACGCCUUUCCUAGAUUUAUUACUAAACUGAAUGUUGUUCCUUGUAGUCAUGUUUGGUGUAGUAAUAUUCAGUUUUUCUGUUAAGCAUUUCUCAUUGUUCCUCCAGCACCCACAAAACUAAAACUAAGGGUGCAUGAAAAUGGAACCAAGCUGAAUAACCGAAUUGAAUCAGUAAUUUUAGUUUGGUUUUAGUUUGACAUUAUUAGAAAAUUUGGCUUACUUAGGUUUGAUUUUAAGAAAUAUCAAAAGUUUGAUUUGAUUCA